CAUUAAAACAUACAUUUACCAAAUUAAACAUCACAGAAUCACUUGUAAUAUAUGGAAACCCUAGUUUUCUUUUUCACAGUAGCAGCUGCUACAUCUGCUUACUAUCUCCUCUGGUUCUAUCUUCUUGCUCGCAAACUCACCGGCCCUAAAGCAUGGCCUCUCGUCGGAAGCCUGCCUCUUCUUUUCAAAAACAGGCAUAACAUCCACGAUUGGAUCGCUGCGAAUCUCCGCGCAACUGGUGGCGCGUCAACUUAUCAAACAUGCACUAUACCUCUUCCUUUCUUGGCACGCAAGCAAGGGUUUUAUACUGUCACUUGCCAUCCGAAAAACCUGGAGCAUAUUCUUCGAACCCGGUUCGAUAACUAUCCGAAGGGUCCUCAUUGGCAGACAGCAUUUCAUGAUCUUUUAGGUCAAGGAAUCUUUAAUAGUGAUGGAGAAACUUGGCUUAUACAGCGUAAAACCGCUGCUCUUGAGUUCACUACUCGAACUUUAAGACAAGCUAUGGCUCGGUGGGUGAACCGGACAAUCAAGAAUCGGUUAUGGAGCAUUUUAGAUAAAUCAGCUAAUGAGAAAAUCUCAGUUGAUUUACAAGAUUUGAUGCUGAGAUUGACUUUUGAUAAUAUUUGUGGAUUAACCUUUGGGAAAGAUCCACAAACUCUUUCAAAAGAAUUUCCUGAAAACCCAUUCUCCAUAGCUUUUGAUACAGCUACUGAAGCUACUCUUCAGAGGCUUCUUUAUCCUGGUUUUCUAUGGAGAAUUGAGAAGUUUUUUUGCAUCGGAUUAGAGAGGAGACUCAAGAAAAGCAUACAAGUUGUUGAAAAUUACAUUGAUGAAGCAAUAACAGCACGUAAAGAGAAUCCAUCGGAUGAUUUACUUUCAAGAUUCAUGAAAAAAAGAGACGUUGAUGGUAAUCUUUUUCCCAUCUCAGUUCUUCAAAGAAUUGCUCUCAACUUUGUGCUAGCCGGCCGCGACACGUCAUCAGUUGCUAUGAGCUGGUUCUUUUGGCUGGUGAUGAACAACCCUGAAGUUGAAGGGAAGAUUAUCACUGAAAUCACAACUGUGCUUAAAGAUACACGUGGAGAUAACAGUGAGAAGUGGAUAAAUGAGCCGUUAGAUUUUGAUGAAGCAGAUAGGUUGGUGUAUCUGAAAGCCGCAUUAGCUGAAACACUGCGUUUAUACCCAUCAGUACCUCAAGAUUUCAAGUAUGUUGUAGCAGAUGAUACUUUGCCGGACGGCACAUUUGUACCGGCGGGUUCGACUGUCACAUAUUCUAUAUAUUCUGUCGGUAGGAUGAAGAGUAUAUGGGGAGAAGAUUGCAUGGAAUUUAAGCCGGAAAGAUGGCUGUCGCCGGAGCAAAACAGAUUUGAACCGCCGAAAGAUGGGUACAAAUUUGUGGCGUUUAAUGGUGGACCAAGAACUUGCUUAGGUAAAGACUUGGCUUACUUGCAAAUGAAGUCUGUUGCUUCAGCUGUACUGCUCCGUUACCGGUUAACUUUGGUUCCCGGCCACCGUGUGCAGCAGAAGAUGUCUCUUACAUUGUUCAUGAAGAAUGGUCUCCGUGUGUUGUUGCAUCCUCGUGUUCUUGCAUAAACAAUUGCUUUCAUUGGUUGGCUUCUCUUCCGGUUUCUCAACUGUGCAUUAAUUGGUUGCUUUACAUGGAGACAGGGGUAACAUAGUAAUUCACCUAUACAUAUAAUCCCCUGUUUUUUUUUUAUGUUUAUUCAUAUUUGUUUUACAAUUGCUCAUAUAGAUAUCGAUUGUCUUGUAAUGUUUUGUUUUGUUUUGUUUUUUUAUGUUUGGCCACAUGUUUAAGAGACUAAUUAAUAAAAAAUAAAUUAUGGUAUUAAUUUCCCAUGCAA